UUUUAACAUAAUUUAAAAUAUAUAAUUAAAUUUAAAUAUUAAAAAAAGAUAUAACUAAUUAGAACAAUACACAUAUGGUAAAUGGUAUCUCAAAUGUUUAGAACCCUUUCUUAAAUGAGAAUUUUUCAAACUCUCCUACCUUCUCUUUUCUUCUUUUUUCCUACUUUUUUGAAUGUUAAUACAUUUUUGCUAGAUACUCCAAAGGAGAUAGAUGCUCUUAGAGCCUCAGCGCUAAGCUUUGCCUCUUUCUUCAUCCAAUAUUUCCCUCUCGGCUUUGUUUCUCUGAAAUAAACCUCUCUUGUCUCACACCCUGAGAUUUUCUAGCACGUUUGGUUUUGUCCCGUGCCUGGCGGCUGAGCUUGUAGUGUCCAAGUAAGUCAAUGUAAUACGGAAUUAGCUCUAGCCACCGAACCAGAUCAUUCAUAUUAUCAGGUAGGACAAACUUGAAAAGCAGCAUCUUCCUAUGUUUAAAAGGAAGUUGGUCCGAAAAAUGCAUUGAGAUGAAAUACUUGCCCAGAUUUUUGAAAGACUCGUCACCAAAAACCUUAUCAAGUACAGCAUCUGUGAUCAUAUCCGCAGCAACCUCCUCUGACUCAGCGAUGACAGAUAAUUCCUCCGAUACCCACUUCCUCCCGCCGCCGGGAAUGGGAACCACCCCCCCCCCGAAUCUCUGCAGAUCCCUAAGCUCCUUGUGCAUCGUUUUCGCCGCCUCGUUCCUCGCCACAACAAACAGCAUGUGAUCCAUGGCUUUGUCGUUCAUGUAUACCUCGAACCUAAUCUCAUUUUUACAAGGCCUUACCCAGUUGAAUAGCCUUGAGAACAGGUCGUGUCUGCUCUUAAGCUCUAUGGUCACCAACAGCCCAUGGCAAUACUUACUCCGCCCGCUCGCGUAGAACUUGAACACGUUCGUCGCUUCUUUCCGCAGCAACUGAUGUUUCUCUGUUCCAUUAAUUGGCAGCAAAUUGAAGUGUUUAUCGAGAACCGAGUGUCCUCGAAAACUGAAUAGCGUGGCCCAAGCCCUAGCGCGGUCUUCGUUCUCACGCUUUCCAGUGAAGUAGCUGUUUGCGUACGCAAUCGAGACGCAGACGCUCACCACCACCGUGAGAAUCGCCACCACCACCACCGUCUUCGGAGUAGCAGGCGUCUGUGGAUCGGCAAUAACAGGAGAUUCCAGCAUGCGUCGAUCCUCCGAGGGUUUCUGAGUCGGAGAAGGGUCCGAUUUCGAUGUCGGAGUAGAAUUGGGUUCGCGAGAUGGCUCCAGAUCUAGAACCGUUGACUCAGACUGAGUCACGAGAGGAGAGUGGUGAAGCUCAGUGGUGUUUUCCAAAACAUCGCCGGAGAGAACACGAUAAUGGAGGCAGAGGAAAGCGAUCAGAGCGAUGUUGAAGAGAGAAAGGGGACGAUUCAUUGUGGGAUCCGUAGAGAACUCAGCUCUGUGAAGAUCAAAAUAUAUAAAUUGUUUUCUUGUGGUCCACUCUCUCUCUCUCUAACCUAAUUUUGCCCCUUUUAAAACUACAUUUUAUUAUUUUAUGUCCUUUUUCCCUAGUCAUUUAUCUUCGACACAAUAAUAUAUCUGUAGGGCUUAAUUAAAAGAAAGUGCGACGGAGAUUGAUUCGACGAUUUCUCUCAGUCCGUGCUCAGGAUAACUUUGAUCGGACUCCUCACCCUCCGUUUGUCUCUCAGAUCUCCGAUUUUGGAGUUGAAAUCACAGAUGUCGUGUUUGGGGAGAAACAAGGCUCUGAAGGAGCAGGAGCAGCAAGCCUACACUGGAGGUGGUGUUGAUGAUCUAGGAAAUAAAUCGGGUUCCUUCCGUUCGCUCCGUCAUCUUAUCUACGGAGGAGGAGAGCCGUCUGCGUAUAUAACCUCUCUUGAAGGUGGAGGUGGUGGUGGUGUACAGUCGUCUCUUGAUAUCGUCCCUAGAACAGCAAUAGUAACAGAAAGAGAGGAGACCGAUUUCGAGACAGCAAGAGAGGAGGUACCAGCUUUUCCCCAAGGGACCGAUUUUUCACAUCUCAAAGCUGCCAUCCGGGAAGAACUGAGGAUGGCAUAUUCCUUGCGUCCGGGUAAUCUGCUACUCGCAUUACACGAUUGCUUCGAGAGGGUUCUUUCCGGAGUAUCAUUUCAGUGGGGUGACAUAUUCAAGGAGCCUCUUUCCUCCAAGCUGUUUGAUGUGCCUCAUUUUCCUCCAACUUUCGCCCAAAGUUUGUUGUCUGUAGAAUUUCCACAUAGCUUUGUCGUUGAUUUCGUGUUGCGGUCGUAUACUCACAUUGUAGAUUCCGCGUUUAACCGUCCUACCAAGCGGCCCGACCAAGCUUAUCACAAGUCUCAGGUGUCUACGUUUUUUGCAUUAGCAACGAUACUGCGUUACGCACCUGAAGCUUUUGCUGUCCACUUGUCGUCUCUGAGAAAGCUACAGCUUUGGUAUGAAAAACAGGGCGUACAGACUCUUCCGCUUACAGUUUGGAUGAUAGCUCAGGCCUCCCGACUUUGUUCAAAUCUAGGCUUGUUUUCAUGGACGCGCAACUUGCUUCCACUGCUCGGUGAUUGCGACUCUCACUCAACGGAGCUCAUCCUGCGCUUGGUUGAGAAUAUUUUGGACGACCCAAUGCCUGAUAUGAAGCCUUUAGUAUAUAUACCUGCUUGGCACUUCCAGCCACUGAUUCCAGCUGAUUCAAUGGAGAUGUUGCUGCGGCUUAGAUUCCCUGCAAGCCAAGAGGCUACAACGAGGGUUGCGAGUAUUUAUACGAAGUUGAAGGACGUGGCUCUUGUGUGUGAGGGUGCACAACAAAGUGAGGAUGCCCUUAAAGAGAUGUUCGCUGUUUGUUUGAGAUUAUCUGGAGAAGAAGGAAAUCCUGAUUUAGCCAAGGAAGCGGAAUCAAUCGCAAUCUGGUGUCUGAAAAAAAAUUUGGUCGCUGGGACUGGGUCCAAGAAGGAAUGGAAGGAUCAUGAGAUCCGCCCAUUCAUUGGACAUAUGUUCACUUUAUCUUUGAGAAUAGCUGGAGAAGAAGGGAACCCUGUUUUAUUAUCCAAGGAAGCUACUGCAGUCGCUAUCUGGUCUCUGAACAAAUUCUCUGUUUGCUGGAAGCUCUGGGACAGACUUUGUGAAGAGGACCUAGAAGGAGAUCCUGAUGUUGCCAAGGAAGCUGCAGCAAUCAGUAUCUGGUCUCUGACCGAGAACGUUGUUGUUUGCUGGAAUCACUGGGACAAUAUCUAUGACGAGAACAUAGAAGCUAGUGCUGCUCUUCUUAAAAUGCUUGUAGAGAAAUGGAAGGAUCAUUCCGUCAAGCUGUUGUCAUCACCCAGUGAUAUUCCCACUCUGAGUAAAACUAUCAAGAGCUUCAGGCUAAAGAACGAACAAGCCAUCCCUGAAAGAGCAGCCUAUGCUUCUUUUCACAAAGUAUCUAACGAUGGUUCUUUUCACAAAGUAGCUGACAAGUCCUGCAAAGUGAUAUUGUGGAGACUCUCCCGUGGAAGUAGCGGCCUCAAAGGCACACGCAUUAUUACUGCUGCUGUUACUGCAUGCAUUAUUACUGCUGCUGUUACUGUUAGGAGUUCGAGUGUUUGGUUUUUAUGAAUAGAUCGCGUAGGGUUUCGUUUUUAUAGUCACAAAGUUUGGAUGUCGUAAGUCUGCUUAAUUUGUGUGGAGAUAAUUAAUUUCUUCCUGUUUCUUUCUCAUAAUAAUAACAAACGAAAAAAAAAAAAAACUUAACUAAAUUGUUUUUAACUAAAAAAGAAAGAAAAAAACUUAUCAUUCAGCAGCUUCAUGUGGGGGUUUAUGGAUUACAAACCGAUCAUUAACAAAUUCAAGUAUUCAAGAAAUGUACCACUGAGAUCUCCCAAGGCUGAGAUAAUAAGCAAAGAUAUGAUCAAACGGGGCUUUCGGUUCGUCGGUCAGUGACGUACAUUCGUUCAUGCAGGCUGCAGGAUUAACAAUUGAUCAUCUCGUUGAUUGUUAUAGACAUGGUGAUUGUGUGAGCCUCGCUGAGAGGCCAUGG